UUGUCCUUCCUGGAGUCCUCUGUGCUUCUAUCUAUGGCUUUUGACCGCUUUGUGGCCAUUUGUCGCCCCUUGCACUAUGCUUCCAUUCUCACUCACACAGUCAUUGGCAGGAUUGGCCUGGCUUCCCUAGGCCGAAGUGUAGCACUCAUUUUCCCAUUACCUUUUAUGCUCAAGAGAUUCCCCUAUUGUGGCUCUCCGGUCCUCUCACAUUCCUAUUGUCUCCACCAAGAAGUGAUGAAAUUGGCCUGUGCAGACAUUAAAGCCAAUAGCAUCUAUGGCAUGUUUGUCAUUGUUUCCACAGUGGGUAUAGACUCACUGCUUAUUCUCUUCUCCUAUGUUCUGAUCCUGCGUACUGUGCUAUCCAUCGCAUCCAGGGCUGAGAGACUCAAAGCUCUUAACACCUGUGUUUCCCACAUCAGUGCUGUGCUUCUCUUCUAUACACCUAUGAUUGGCUUAUCUGUCAUCCACCGCUUUGGAAAACACACACCUCAUCUUGUCCAAGUGAUCAUGGGCUUUGUGUAUCUUCUAUUCCCUCCUCUGAUGAACCCCAUCGUCUACAGUGUGAAGACCAAACAGAUCCGGGACCGUGUGACCCAUGUCUUUUGUUACUAG